AUGAUCCCUCUGCGGCCAUCACUCCUACGGAGGCCUCGAGAGGCGCUUGUAUGCUCACAAUGCCUCAUUGGGUCUCGUCCUGUGCGCCCCGACACCAUUCGGGGGUUCCUAUCGGCCUCAAAACGGAGGACCGGUAUUGCGGAUAACCAGUCCCCUUCGGUAUUUCACAAGUCAUACUUCUCGGCCAAUCGAUUAUACGACGGAUCAAACAGGAAGGGUGGCUUAUUGUCUUCACUUGCACCCUCCGGGGCGAAAAGCAAUUCCAAAGCUCCAUCGUCCCCUAGUGAUCCCGCCGCGGGUGAGCUCAAUUCGUCUACAGCACCUCCCUCCGCGGCAGUUACGACAGAAGCGAUCCCAGAGGAAUUACCACAUCGGCGGCGGAAACGCUUGAAGCAGGAAAGCAAUGCAACCGGAGAACCAGAUGGCAGCCUCCCGCUGGACGCCUCCGCGCAAUUGUCGAACUUCUCCUCCGCCCUCCCCACCACCUCCAUUCGCCGUAAAUUGGCCGCGUAUCUCGCCCUGACAAAACCUCGACUGUCCUUCCUGAUUGUCCUCACCACUACAUCUGCAUACGGAAUGUACCCAAUCUCGUCCUUGCUCACCCUCGACCCGGCCAUGACCCCACUCCCCACUCUUUCGACCUCGACCCUCACCUUUAUAUACCUGACGGCGGGCACAUUCCUGUCCUGCUGCAGCGCCAAUACACUGAACAUGAUGUUCGAACCGAAAUUCGACGCGCUGAUGUCGCGAACUCGCAAUCGCCCUCUGGUCCGCGGUCUUGUCUCGCCUCGGGGAGCUCUGCUGUUCGCGAUUGGUACUGCGGUUACGGGCCUCUCGCUCCUUUAUAUUGGAACCAACCCGACGACGACCGCCCUCUCUGCGACGAACAUUUUCCUAUAUGCUUUUGUAUACACACCCCUGAAGCGGAUCUCCGUCAUUAACACCUGGGUUGGGGCGGUGGUCGGCGGAAUCCCACCCCUGAUGGGCUGGAUCGCUGCAGCAGGCCAGACCGCGACAAUUGGUCACGACACUUGGCGCGAUAUGCUGUUCAGUGAGAAUAGCAUUGGCGGUUGGUUGCUAGGUGGAAUCUUGUUCGCCUGGCAGUUCCCGCACUUCAACGCUCUAUCCCACCUCAUUCGCGACGAGUACAAAGCGGCCGGCUACAGAAUGUUGUGCUGGGUUAACCCCGCUCGCAGUGCUCGGGUUGCUCUGCGGUACUCUAUCCUGAUGUUCCCCAUCUCCAUUGGACUGUGGUGGGUGGAUGUUGUUGGAAGCGGUUUCCUCGUUGGCAGCACUGUCGCCAACGGCUGGCUGGUGCGGGAGGCGUAUCGAUUCUGGCAGCACCAGGGUGCAAACGGCACCGCACGUGGCCUCUUCUGGGCCAGUAUCUGGCAGCUGCCUAUCCUUCUGGUUGGCGGCCUCGUUACCAAGAAGGGUCUUUGGGAUGGAGUUUGGAGGAACAUCUUCGGACAUCCUGACGAAGAUGAGGAUGAAUUCUUGUACUAUGAUGAUGAGGAAGAGCUUGAAGACGAGAAGUCUAAGGCCCAAGACCCUGCAUCUACCCGUCCGUCGGCAAACCGGACAAGUGCUUUGUCCACUGUAUGA